AUGAAAUAUUAUUUUAAUAAACUUCAUUCACAAUUAUAUUAUUUUAUGCUGGUUGAAAAUUUAGCAAAUGAACUACAAUGCUCAAUUUGCUUAAGUUUAUUUAGUAUUCCAUUUGUAAUUCCUUGUGGACAUAGUUUUUGCCGCGAUUGCAUUCAAAAUUAUGGCAAAGCAACCAAGUCUACGAAAUGCCCGCUUUGUAAAUAGCCUUUCAAUCUGAACAAAAUAAAUCUUAACGUGUCGUUGCAGGCAGUCUUGAAUGUCAUGGAUCAAGACAAUACCAAAAUAAAAGCAGAUUAGAGUCGAAAGAAAUCUAAAUCCACUAAUUUUUUUAUAUGUACUUCGAAUUUAUCUGAUGAAUACAAGGAAUGCCUUGAAAGAUUUCAAAAACAAUUCAAAAUAAAAUCGAAUUCAAACAUCAAUUCCAAAAUCACACAUCUCAUCUCAGGCCCCGACAAUCCAAACAAACCAUUCAUAGCCAGAAGAACCUUAAAAUACCUAGAGGCAUUGGCCAGAGGAAUUUGGAUUGUCAAUAUAGAUUGGGUAAUCGAAAGUCUGAAAUGCGACACAAUCCUGAACGAGGAGGAUUUCGAAAUAAAAGGGGACGAAUUCCCUACACUCACCCCCAAAAUAUCGAGAACUCGUGGUGGAAUGUAUGAUUUCCUAAGAAAUUACGAAUUCAGCAUCGAAGUGGGAAACCUCAACAAAACCAUCAUCAAUCAGGAUUACGUUGAAACCCUAAUCUAACUCUGCGGUGGCAACUUAGUUAGUUUGAAGGAAAAGACUUAAAAUACUAUUAUAAUAAAAAUAGUUUAAGAUCCUCAAAUUAACUCCACACGCAUCGAGUGCAUUCCCAUGAUAGUCAAUCAGAAGUGGUUGUUCGACAGUAUCAGCAAGUUCAACAUGCAAAACUAUUUUGGUUAUCUAAUAAGCAUUUGA